UGUCACAUUGACUUCGAACGGCACUGGUCCAGAGCCUCCUCGUCCGCGCUGCUGCGCAAAGAAUAGCAGAAACAGCGUAUCUCUAUCUCUCAUAUAUAAAUACCUGAUUUGUAAUUGCUUCCAAUCGCGAAUCUGUGGAAGCUCAAAUUCAUCGAUUGCCAAUUUCCUUGUCGAGGACAUUCGUCUAGCGUGUGGAGUUCUGGAUCUCACACCUUGAGAGAGCGCAUGGAAUCACCCGUUGGUGGUUCAAGAAAGACAUCUGUUGUUGUUAUAACAUUAGAUACUGGGGAAGGAUAUAUUCUUGUUAGCUUGUCUUCCAGGAGUGACACUCAAGUAAUAUACAUUGACCCAACAACUGGUGCACUUUGCUACACCGGGAAGCAGGGUUUUGAUGUUUUCAAAUCUGAAAAAGAGGCUUUCGAUUAUAUUACAAAUGGAUCACGAUGGUUGUGCAAGAGUACAACUGUUGCCAAAGCAAUACUGGGUUAUGCGGCUCUUGGAAGUUUUGGGUUACUUCUUGUUGCAACAAGGUUGAAUCCUACCAUUCCAGAUUUGCCUGGUGGGGGUUGUGUGUAUACAGUGAGUGAGUCUCAAUGGAUCAAAUUAUCACUUCAGAAUCCUCAACCACAAGGAAAAGGGGAAGUAAAGAAUAUCCAAGAGUUGACUGAACUUGACAUCGAUGGAAAGCACUACUUUUGCGAGACGAGAGACAUCACUCGCCCUUUUCCUAGCCGCAUGCCCUUGGAAAAUCCUGAUGAAGAAUUUGUCUGGAAUGGAUGGUUUUCGCAGCCUUUUAAGGAUAUUGGCCUUCCACAACAUUGUGCCACUCUAUUACAGGGGUUUGCAGAAUGUCGAAGCUUUGGAAGUUCAGGUCAAGAAGAAGGGAUUGUUGCUCUGACAGCUCGCCGUAGUAGGCUGCACCCGGGCACUCGAUACUUGGCAAGAGGGUUAAAUUCAUGUUUCAGCACAGGCAAUGAAGUAGAGUGUGAACAACUUGUAUGGGUUCCCAAAAGAACAGGUAAAAGUGUUCCUUUUAAUACAUACAUUUGGCGACGGGGCACGAUACCAAUUUGGUGGGGUGCAGAAUUGAAAAUCACUGCAGCAGAAGCAGAGAUAUAUGUUUCGGAUCGUGAUCCUUAUAAAGGAAGUGUGCAAUACUAUCAGAGGUUGAGUAACCGAUAUGAUUCUCGAAGUUCAGAUGUUGCUGCUGGAGAACAUCAAAAGAAAAAGGCUUUUGUUCCAAUACUGUGCAUCAACUUACUUAGAAGUGGAGAAGGCAAGUCAGAAUCCCUCUUGGUCCAGCAUUUUGAGGAAUCUUUGAACUAUAUCAGAUCAACUGGACAACUUCCUUAUACUCGGGUUCAUUUAAUAAAUUAUGACUGGCACGCUAGUAUAAAAUUAAAAGGUGAACAGCAAACAAUUGAAGGACUAUGGAAACUUCUAAAAACACCCACUAUGGCUAUUGGAAUUUCUGAAGGUGAUUAUUUGCCUUCAAGGCAACAACUAGAGGAUUGCAGGGGGGAAAUAAUCAGUAAUAGCGGCAUUGAAGGUGCCUUUUGCUUAAGAUCACAUCAAAAUGGAGUGAUACGUUUUAACUGUGCAGAUUCUUUAGACAGGACCAAUGCUGCUAGUUAUUUUGGUUCCCUUCAAGUUUUUAUGGAACAAUGUAGGCGGUUGGCCAUAUCCCUUGAUAGUGAUAUGGCAUAUAGUUACUCGUCAACAAGUAACUACAGUGCCUAUAUUGCACCAUUGCCUCCUGGUUGGGAGAAAAAAAUGGAUGCUGUAACGGGAAAAACUUUCUACAUUGACCAUAAUACCAGGAACACAACAUGGAUGCAUCCUCAGCCAGAUAAACCAUGGAAGAGGUUUGACAUGACUUUUGAUGAGUUUAAGGGAUCAACAAUUUUAUCGCCUGUUGCUCAGCUAGCUGAUCUCUUUCUGCGUGCUGGUGAUAUUCAUGCAACCCUUUAUACUGGUUCUAAGGCUAUGCAUAGCCAAAUUCUUAGUAUAUUCACCGAGGAGGCAGGGAAAUUUAAACAAUUCUCAGCAGCACAAAAUAUGAAAAUCACUUUGCAGAGAAGGUAUAAGAACGCUCUUGUGGAUAGUUCUCGUCAGAAGCAGUUGGAGAUGUUUCUAGGGAUGAGGCUUUUUAAGCAUCUCCCUUCAGUUCCCGUAAAACCUCUAAAUGUAUCUUCUCGACCGUCUGGUUUUCUUCUUAAGCCUGUUGCCAACAUGUUUCCAAGUUCUAAUGAUGGAUCCGGUCUUCUGAGUUUUAAAAGAAAAGACAUUGUUUGGGUAUUUCCACAAGCUGCAGAUGUAAUUGAACUGUUUAUAUAUCUUAGCGAACCUUGUCAUGCCUGUCAGCUUCUUCUCACAAUAUCACAUGGGGCAGAUGAUUUAACUUAUCCAUCAACAGUUGACAUAAGGACAGGACGCCACAUAGACGGGCUUAAACUUGUUGUCGAGGCUGCUUCUAUACCUCGAUGUGCGAAUGGGACAAACCUUUUGAUCCCUUUACCCGGACCAGCUAGUUCUGAGGAUAUGGCAAUCACUGGAGCUGGUGCAAGCCUUCAUGCUCAAGAUACAUCAAUGUUUUCAUUGUUGUAUGAUUUUGAAGAGCUAGAGGGAGACAUAGAUUUUCUCACCCGUGUUGUGGCACUUACGUUUUAUCCUUCAAUAACUGGAAGUCCUAUGACAAUUGGUGAGAUAGAGAUCCUCGGUGUUUCUCUACCUUGGAGGGAUAUAUUUGCAAACAAAGGCCCUGGUGCCAGAUUGAAUGACAUCUUGAAAACAAUUCAGGAAGAUGUUAACCCUUUUUUGUCUAAUUUAGACACAAAUCCAUUUUCUGGAACUGAUAAUACUGGGAACGAACCUCAAUCACUGCAAAAAAGUGCUUCUGAUAAUCUCUGGACCGACCUUUUGUCGGGAGAUGACAUGUUGUUCCUACCUGCUUCUCAACCUGCGACUGAAAAUGUAGCUUACAAAGGAAGUGACUUACUUGACUUCUUGGACCACGAUGUUGCUGAGUAUCAUGUUGCGAACACUGAUCAUAAAAUCUCUUGUUUGCAAGACAAGAACCAAAGGUCUUCAGGCGGCAGUGCUGAAAAGUACAUAAAUUGUCUAAAAUCCCUUACAGGGCCCCAAAUGGGAAGAAAACUGCACCAUGUGGAGGCUAUGAAACUUGAAAUUGAACGUUUAGAGUUGAACCUUUCUGCAGCUGAAAGAGAUAGAGUGCUACUGUCAAUUGGAAUUGAUCCUGCUAGUAUAAAUCCGAAUGCUCUGCUUGCUGAAUCACAUGUGGGAAGAUUAAGCAGAGUUGCAAACACCCUUGCAUUAUUAGGGCAAGCCUCCCUUGAAGACAAAAUUGCAGCUGCUAUUGGUAUUGGAAGCAUGGACGAUAAUGUGAUAGAUUUCUGGAAUAUUACUAGAAUUGGGGUGAGCUGCUUAGGUGGCUUGUGUGAGGUGCAAGCAGAAACUAAAUCAUCUCAACUCGCCUCUGACUCUCUGUCUAUGUUCUUGUGUACACAAUGUAAAAGGAAGGUUUGUAAGGUUUGUUGUGCUGGGAGAGGAGCUCUUCUGCUCCCAAACUACAACUCAAGGGAGAUGACAUAUUACAAUGGUCUGCCGACUAUGGGUGGAUCAAGCCAUGGCAGUCAAGCUGGCUAUGCAAAUCGCUCAGUAAUACUUGAUACUGUUAUCUGUAAGAGAUGCUGCAAUGAGGUUGUCCUUGAUGCAUUGCUUUUGGACUAUGUUAGAGUCUUGAUUAGCUUGAGAAGAAGGAAUAGGGCAGAUGGUGCUGCACAAAAAGCUCUGGAACAGGUUAUGGGAUCUUACUUGAGAGAGAGUCUUUCUGGAAGAACUCCAUUCUGUCAUAGUCAGGAGGCAGUUAAAGUCCUUCAAAAAUUACUUGGUGGAAAGGAAUCGCUUGCUGAAUUUCCAUUUGCCAGCUUUCUAAACUCGGUUGAAACUGCUGUGGACUCAGCACCAUUUUUGUCGUUGCUUGCUCCGUUGGAUGCGGAAUUGCGGUACUCUUACUGGAAAGCUCCUACAAACACCACAUUUAUUGAAUUUGCUAUUGUACUUGGUACUCUUUCUGAUGUCAGUGGAGUUAUCUUGCUUGUUAGUCCAUGCGGCUAUUCUGUUGCUGAUGCUCCCAAUGUUCAAAUCUGGGCUGGCAAUAAAAUAGACAAGGAAGAAAGAUCGUGCGUGGGAAAAUGGGAUGUCAGCUCACUGCCCACAUUCUCUUCAGAACUUUGUGGUCCAGAAAAGGUUAAUGGCAAGGAUAAAGUUCCUAGGCAUGUUAAAUUUUCCUUAAGAAAUCCUGUUAGAUGUCGCAUCAUUUGGAUAACUCUACGUCUUCAACGUCCUGGUUCGAGUUCUGUCAAUUUUGGGAAAGACUUUGAUCUCUUGUCUCUAGAUGAAAACCCUUUUGCAGAAGUUAAUCGACGUGCCUCUUUCAGUGGAUUAUCUGAAAAUGAACAAUGUCUUCAUGCCAGAAGAAUUCUCGUAGUUGGAAGCUCCGUGAAAAAGGAAAUAGGGCUUACACCAACACAAAGCUCUGACCAGAUUGAUUUGAACGGCUGGUUGGACAGUGCUCCCCAACUUAAUAGAUUCAAGGUCCCAAUUGAGGUUGAGAGGUUGUUAAUGGACAAUGAGCUUGCCGUGGAACAGUAUUUGCUUCCUACUUCACCUUUGCUUGCUGGAUUUCGUCUGGAUGCUUUCGGUGCAAUAAAGCCUCGAGUGACACAUUCACCCUCUUCAGAUGUGGAUAUUUGGGAUACAUCAGUUACGUAUUUAGAGGACAGACAAAUCUACCCGGCUGUGUUGUAUAUACAAGUGUCUGCACUACAGGAAUCGCACAAAAUGGUAACUGUUGCGGAAUAUCGACUUCCCGAGGCUAAGGCGGGGACAAUACUGUACUUUGAUUUUCCUAGACCGAUACAGACCCGGAGGGUAACAUUCAAACUUCUUGGAGACGUUGCAGCAUUCAUAGAUGACCCGGCUGAAUCAGAUGAUUCUGGUGCUAGAGCUUCUGUCUUGGCAUCAGGACUUUCCUUGUCAAAUAGAAUCAAAUUGUACUAUUAUGCAGAUCCUUAUGAAAUUGGAAAAUGGGCUAGUUUGUCUGCUGUUUGAAUGCCUCAUUCUGGAGAGGAAUGUGACUUGGCUUUAUGCUUUACAUAUAUUGUCUAUGGUGGUCAUUUAUUUCAUUAUUCUGUUGUAUUAUAGAAAAACUGUAACAGGAUAGUAUUACUGUAUCAUCGAUUUUGGGAAAGAAAAACAAAAAUGCUCCCUCCCCUGCCACGGACUUCUUUGAUCCAUACUCUGAAACUCGGAUCUUGAAAAGUGUAUUUUGCUAGAUUAUGAUUUUUGAGGGAGAAUUGGAGUCCUUUCCAUCCAUUUUUUGGUAGCUUAUCUUUUACGGAGGCAAUAAUACUCAGUUGUGGCUGC